GGGAAUGAACUGGGACAAUGGGAGUGGUUUGGAGAGACGGUGUAUAAAUGAUUGCAGGCACCAGUGCCCAGGAACAAGCUCAAACCUUUAUCACAGGGAAACAGUAUUCUUCAGCCAUGUUCCGCUUGUUCAUCAUAUUUCUGUUAACAUAUCAAGUUCUGUUAUCCCCUGUGCCAAACAAUGGGGUUUUUCAGUAUAUUGAUGCUCAUCAAGAUGAAUUUAUCCAGAGAUUAAAGGACUGGGUGGCAAUAGAAAGUGACUCUAGUGAUCCAUCGAAGAGAGACUUGGUUAAUAAAAUGAUGGAAAUGACAAAGGACUAUAUUCUCAAACUGGGUGGAAGUGUUGAGAUGGCAGAAAUUGGUGAGCAAGAGCUGUCAUCUGGGGAGAAGAUUCCACUGCCUCCAGUUAUCCUGGCAGAGCUAGGAAAUGACAAAAGCAAACCAACGGUCUGUUUCUAUGGACACAUGGAUGUUCAGCCAGCAAAGCAAACAGAUGGAUGGUUAACGGAGCCCUAUACAGUUGUGGAGAAAGAUGACAAUCUGUAUGGAAGAGGCACGUCAGAUGAUAAAGGACAAGUACUUGCAUUGUUGCAUGCUCUGGAAUCUGUUAAUGUGAUGGGUCUUCCAGUGAAUGUGAAGCUUGCUAUUGAGGGAAUGGAAGAAGUAGGAUCUGAUGGACUAGAGAAACUUGUGGAGGAUAAAAAGGAUACUUUCUUCUCCAAUGUAGACUAUAUUGUUGUCACAGACACACCGUGGUUAAGCAAGAAACCAGGAAUUACUUAUGGAGCAAGGGGCAACUGCUACUUUUUCAUCGAGGUACAAGGUGCAAGGAGAGAUCUGCACUCUGGUGGCUUUGGAGGGACAGUUCAUGAAGCUAUGAGUGACUUGAUAUAUUUGCUGAACACGCUUGCAGAUGGAAAGGGUCGCAUCCUUGUCCCAGGGAUUUAUGAGGCCGUAGCACCUGUGGGUGAAAAUGAAACAGAUUUGUACAAAAAUCUUGAAUUCAGUCUAGAGGAAAUGCAAGCUGACACAGGGGUUAAGCAAUUCCUUCAUGAUACAAAAGAAGAUUUACUUAUGCACAGAUGGCGCUAUCCUUCUCUAUCAAUUCAUGGGAUUGAAGGAGCUUUCUCUGGAACAGGAACUAAAACUGUAAUACCUGCAAAAGUAAUUGGAAAGUUCUCCAUUCGGCAAGUCCCUAACAUGGAACCAUCUGUUGUAAACAAACAGGUUACCGAUUACUUGGAGGCCAAAUUUUCUGAAAGGAAAAGUCCUAAUAAAAUAAAGGUAACAAUGGUAAUUGGAGCAAAACCUUGGUUGGCAGACAUGAAUGAGCCGCAAUAUCUGGCAGCUAGGAGAGCAGUUAAAAGAGUGUUUAACUUGGAAGCAGACAUGAUCCGAGCUGGUGGGACCAUUCCCAUUGCUAAAACUUUGGAAGAUGUACUUGGAAAGAGUGUAAUGUUACUAGGAAUUGGUGGACCAGAUGAUGCUCCUCAUGGUCAAAAUGAGAAAAUAAGCAAGUACAAUUACAUUGAAGGUACCAAACUAUAUGCUUCUUACCUUCAAGAACUUUCUUCAACAUCUUCCUGAACUGUAACAGUAAUCAGCCACUGUAUUUCUCUGCAGAGAUAUUUUUAAAUUAAAUGUGUAAACAUCA